GUGCUUCCGUCGCGAGCAGCGCACGCCAGCAGCUGCGCGAACAGCUGCGCUCUUUCCGCCGCCGCCACACGAGCAUGUACCGCAGCAAGGACAACCUGCUUCAGAAUGCGAUCAGCGGCGAGCCCAUCGACCUGGCGGCCGCCAUGCAUUACGGCAGCACCAGCAACGCCCCGGCGCCCCCGGCAUCUCGCUUCUGGUUCGGCAACGACGAGUCCGUGCUCGAGCGUCUGCGGCAGGCCCGCGAGGACUACCCGGACCACGACCCCAAGGAGGUGGCGGCCGCCAUAGUGACCCUCUGCUUGAACCACAUUCUCUUCACGCUCGUGGUCCUGGCAACAUUCCUGGUUCCUGCUGCUUCGCUGAUUAUAGGUGCGCUGACCGUCCACGAGUGCCCGCGCCAACCCAUGGUUCCGGUGCUGCUGGUGCUCAGCGGUGUGCUGGCGCUCGCCAAUUGCGUCGGCAACGUGGUCGUCCGUUCGGGGCGCCUCCACCCGGCCGACUGCGGCGACCAGCAGGACGAGCGCAAGUUCCUCCUCCUGGGCGCCGUCACGGCGCUGCUCAACGUGGCGCUGUUCGCCGUCUUUAUUGCUGGCUGUGUUUACGUGUACGGCAGCCUUUGGCCAUCACAAGACCGUGCCAGUGCCGACUACUGUUCACCGACGGCCUUCUACUUUGCCUUCUGGCUGCACACCGGCACGUUCAUCUUUCUGGCGCUCUUGUUCGUCAUCGGUCUGCUGGGAAUGCUGUCCAGGUGCCGCUGAACGGCAUCGUCGCCGUGGUUAAGUGCGAACAAGGCGCCUCCGUCGACGAUCUCCGCAACCGUGCACAGCUCGCAUCCACAUGCGGCUGCACGACUGUGCUUUCAGAUGUGCCAGUAAAUUUGUGUCAAGAGGCACUUUUGAGGACGGUCA